CUCGCCUGGACUCCGCGGAGUCUUUGGUUGCUCCGAGUUCCUCGCCUGGUUUUCGGCAAGGCCAAGGAAAGGUGGUCACUUCACUUCUGUUUUUUUUUUUUUACUGCCGCCGCAAACCUCCGCUCCUGUGCCAUACCGCCAUUCCAUUCUUAAUCUGGGCGCCGAAGAAGAGAGGACGGGAGCGAGGUCCGGUCGAAGAAUCGUAGCGGAUUGGGGGAGGGGGGAGCGGCGGCGGCGGCGGCGGAGGCCGGUCGGUAUGAUUCAACUGCUGUUCCUCGUGCUGUUCGCGGAGGGCGCGGUGGCGCUGCUCCUCAUGGUGAAGGUCGGGCCGCUGCGGGAGCUUGCGAUGCGCGGCGUGGACCAGGUGAAGACGGGCAAGGGCCCGGCCACGGUCAAGACGCUGGCGUGCACGCUCUCCGUCAUCCUCAUGUCCAGCGUCGCCAGCAUCCUCAAGAUCCAGAACAGGGGGCUCAAGCUCGGCACCGUCAGCCCCAUGGACCAGGUGCUCUGGAGGACGCACCUCCUCGAGGCAUCCCUCAUCGGAUACACGCUAUUCCUUGCAUUUGUAAUCGACCGGCUGCACCACUACCUGCGAAAGCUGAUGACACUGAGGAAAACAUCCAGCACAUCCAGAGAGGAGGUGGAGAAACUUCAGAUGGAGAACCGGUCGCUCCGCGAAAAGGAGGAGAAGUCCUCCAGUGAGACGAAGAGGCUUCAGCGAGAGAUUGCGAGGCUGAAUGAGGGCAUGAAGAAGCUGAAAUCUGAGACCGAAGAGCACGAGAGGAAGGCGUCGGUGGCAGAGGCCCAUGUCGACGCGCUGCAGAAGCAGUCGGAGGAGCUGCUCCUGGAGUACGACCGGUUGCUGGAAGACAACCAGAUUCUGCAGACUCAGCUACUUAGCAGAGGCUAAGCUAAGGAGCUUGGUUUGUUAGCAAGACUCCUUUACCAGGUAGUGUCGUAGAGCCAAGGACUUGCCCGAUUCUGAAUGCUUACAUGCCGCGGUUCUAAAUUUCGGCAUGUCCAUUGUGGUUCUUGGCGUCCAUGCUGUUCCUAACUUGUGAUCUUGUUGAUGUAUGGAUGCAGCGUGUAUUUUUAGAGUUCAUGUUUCUUCCAUUUCCGAUAGAUGGAGGUACAUGAUGUAAGGUCCAGGAACGACGGGACGUCCUUGAGGAAUUCGGUAGUCAAGGCUCUCAGAAUGUGCUU